AUAUUUCUAAUUUCAAGAAGUGUCUCCGAUGGCAGUAUAGUUAAGCAUGUUAAAAAAAAGUUAUAGAUUUUCACAGCCAUUGAUAUAUUUAUGUAUAUAUUUUGUUCUUUCUAAUUCAAUUCACCUUGUUCUGGGUAACUUGGUAAUUCUUGUUUGAACCUACAGCCCAAGUCAAGAGUAAAGACCCUGCUGUUACUGCGUUUUGGGCAAAUAAUUUUGGAAUGCAAACAAUAAUUUAUACAUGCAGAGGUUACCACAUUUCUUGUAAAAUUAACCAGGCAAAAACAACUUAACUAAUUUUAAAAUAUUUCUGCUAGCAGAUAUUGACGCUGCCAGACCCAGCAGCCCUAACUACUAACAUUCCCACUAACCGAUAUCGGAUUAGAAAUUAUUACAAAUAUAUAUUAUACGUAAUUGUGUAUCACCUAUCAUUUAAUAUUUGACCUAGUUUUUUGUUUUAUAUUACUUAAACUCAAAAUUUUUUCCAUUCGUUUGGAAUAUGAUUAAUAUAGUGAUUAUUUUAGCUGUAAAGAAGGCAACUUUUAGAAAGAAAUGAAAAAAGCUAUCUGUCUAUUGCUAAAAGGAGAACAUAGAAAAAGCGUAUUCUCUUAGCGUUUUUACGGAACCUAAUCUUGAAUAAUCGAAUCUUCAAUAAAGAGGACGCGUAAUAAUGACGUAAAAAACCAACCAUAAUUAAUAACUAAAAGAUAAUGGUGCAGAGAACCUGGCUAUUAGCUUAAUUGGAAUAUUGACUUUCGGCAUUUGGCUGACUUGUUAGUUAGUUGAGUGAAAUAAGACAAAUAACACCUAUGGGUAGAACGAAUUUGAAGCUUCUGUCUUUCCUGCACUAUCAACGCUUCUUGGGGUUAACAGACUUGGACUUUUCCGAUGCACUGCAAAUUUAUUGGCUCAAUGGUACCUGGAUUUCGAUUGGGACUCAGAUUCUGGUCGUUGGCGUUUUCGUAUCCUCUUUAGUGGCCGCACUGGCAGAGUCUCUUUAUAACAUGGACACUAAAACCCAGACAGGCAACACAUUCGACAGCGCAGUGAUACUGACCACCUCGGUCAGUCAGUUGCUGGCCAAUCUUUGGUUCCGCUCACAGCAAGAACUACAGGUGGCCCUAGUAAUGCGUGUAUCACAAUUGGCGCAGCGUUUGCAAUUUGAACCGUUGAUAAUACCCCAAGCCAUAUGGAUAUACCUAAUCUGGCUAGCGGUGUGCCUUUUUUAUGGGGGCAUGGUGGGUCAUUUUGGCAUCAGUUGGUUGACUGACAUGCAGAUAAGCCACGUCCUUACUUUGCUUGGAUUUGUAUCCCGUUGCAUUUUGGCCAAUUUUCAAUUCACCUGUUAUACCGGCAUGGUGUUGGUCCUACAAAGACUUCUACAAAUUGACGUACAGCAGCUGAACCGCGUGGUGUCCACCACCUUUAUCUCAAUGGCAGAUUUGGCCGUCUGCCUAAGAACCCACGAUGAGAUCCUGUUCUUGGCUCAAAGGGAGCUGGUUGCUGUUUACGGCGGAGUGCUCUUUUUUCUUUUUAUGUACCAAGUCAUGGAGUGCGUAUUGAUAAUCUACGUCAGCAACUUAGAGGGGUUCAGUCAUUCAGCCAAUGACCUAGUACUCAUUCUGGGUUGGCUCGCACCCAUCGUCUUCUAUCUCAUCUUACCCUUGGUAGUUAACGACGUACAUAACCAGGCGAAUAAAACAGCAAAGAUAUUGGCUAAAGUUCCCAGAACCGGAACGGGAUUGGAUAGAAUGAUUGAGAAGUUCCUACUGAAAAACCUUCGCCAGCAGCCCAUUCUGACGGCCUAUGGAUUUUUUGCAUUGGAUAAAAGCACUUUGUUUAAGCUAUUUACAGCCAUCUUUACCUAUAUGGUGAUUCUUGUGCAGUUCAAGGAAAUGGAGAAUACUACAAAGUCUAUUAACAAAUUUUGA